AUGACGACAGUGUUUUCAGGCGAAGGAAUCAAGAUUGUAAGUGCCAUUGUUCUUAUAGCUGUGUACUUCUCUGUGAUCUAUGUCAAGCCAACAGUACUUCAUGCUUUGCAAUCGUGGAAAAAUACUACUCGAUCGAUUACACUCAGGCAAUGCACAAUUAUACUUCGUAAACAAGACGGUCGACUUGGUAAUCGUCUAUUCAUGUUUGCUUCUGCUUAUGGUUUGUCACUCAAUCGGUCAUGUCAUUUGUACAUCAAUCCAGCCAUCAUAACUGAACUUGGUCAAUCAUUUGAGAUAAAUCUACCUCAUAGUUUAUUAUCAAAAUCAUACUCGAAUGAUUCAAAGUUCGUUGAAAAGAUCGAUAACCAUUGUUCUUUCUUACCUCAUGUUUUCUAUUCUAACUAUACUUGUUCGUUGGAAUUAUCUGGAUAUUGGCAAGUAUAUAAGUAUUUCGUCGAUUACAAACAGCAGCUGAGACGACAACUACGCUUUAAACAGUCGAUUUUAGAUCGAGUUAAUGACUUUCUUAGCAAAACCAACAAUAGAAGUAACUCAACGCUAGUAGGUUUACAUAUUCGUCGAGGAGAUUUCCUAUCUAUCCGGCGUGUUUCAUCACUUAAAUACAUAUUUCAAGCCAUGUCAUACUUUCAAAUGAAAUACGGUUUGGUUACGUUUGUCAUAGUAUCCGAUGACAAAGUCUACUGUCAAAAAACAUUUGCACAUAGGAACAACGUGGUUAUUACACCGAGUUCAUUUAGUGCAGCUGAGGAUUUGGCUACGUUGGCUAUGUGCGAUCAUGCUAUUAUUACUGUCGGUACGUUUGGCUGGUGGGGAGCAUUUCUCUUACAUAACGAGUCAGGAGAAGUAAUCAGCGAUUCGAAACCAGAUCACAGUCCUCUUGAUGUCAAGUGUCGACACGAGGAUUAUUUUCCAUACUGGUUUUCAUUUUUAAAUAAAACUGAUUAG